AUGAGAGCACUCAAAGACAAACUGAAAGAGUGGAACAAAACUACUCAAGGUAAUCUUGCUUUGCAGAAACAAUCCAUCCUUAACCAGCUUGCAAAACAAGAAGCAAUUCAUGAACAUAGGGCCCUGAAUGAAGAGGAAAUCUAUUCAAAAACUGCUUUACUUGUUGAAUUUGAGGAAAUUGCUAAGAAGGAGGAGGUGGCAUGGAGACAAAGAUCAAGGGCUUUGUGGUUGAAGGAGGGGGCAAAGAACACUAAGUUCUUUCAUAAAACUGCUAAUUCACACAGAAGAUUCAACAACAUUGAUGAACUGAAUGUUGAUGGACAGACUAUCAAGAAUCCUGAAGGAAUUAAGAAGGAAAUUGUUGAAUUCUACCAGAAACUAUAUUCUGAAACUGAAUCAUGGAGACCAACUUGUGGUAUUAGAGAUGGCCUCAGAAUUACAGAAGAAGAGAACCAUAUGUUGCAAAAGGAAUUUGAAAACCAAGAAAUCUUGAACUAUGUCAAACUAUGUGCUGGAGACAAAGCUUCUGGACCUGAUAGGUAUACAAUGGAUUUUUUUGUUCAUUGCUGGGAAGUGGUAGGUGAGGAGGUGAUUGCUGCAGUCAAAAACUUCCAUGAUAGAUGCUUCUUUAAGAAAAGUUUAGUGCCACUUAUGUGGCUUUGA